AUGGCCUUCUCCUCUGCAUUAUGCUUGAUAACUCUGAAGGUCAUGAAGGCCAGAGGAAUUGAGCAUCCAGGGAAUAGGAAUUUUAAGGAAACAAUGCAAAAUAGAAAAUUUGGAUUGUUAAUUCAUUGCAUUUUUGGAGCUCUUGCUUUGAGUCUUUGGCUGAGAAAUAGUGCAUACUUCUACACCUCCGUUGCUUUUAUGCAGGUGCUUAAGAUUACUUUUCACAUAGCGGUCGCUGUACUUGAAAAUGUUUUUGAGAAUGGGGCAACUCAAUAUAAAAUGCUAUUGUCUACCAUCACCCUUGGAGUAAUAGUGGCAUCUUAUGGGGAAGUUAUGAAUCUGAUAGGGGACGUCAAAGAAAAAGUUGCUAUAAUGGUGGAUGAUAUGAUUGAUAUUGCUGGUUAA